CCAGGUUUUUAGUGGAAACGAUAAACUAUCUUCUUCGCAUACAUUUGCUCCCGACAGUCGCCGCCGCCGGAUUCGGAUUCCCAUACGUGAAAAUACAUCAGGCUUCAGACGGUUGGUCUUAUACAUAGCAGUGAUGGCACCCGAAGCGUACAAGGCUGGAUUUACCAGUACGCAGUUUAUCAAAUGGCUCCUCGUCAUCUGCAACACUUGUCAUUUUAUAUUGGGACUGGGUCUGAUUGGAGCUGGCGUAGUCACUCAGGAGGCAUACAAAAAUUACAUUUCCUUCCUGAAUUUUGGCUACCGGUGGACGGCGGAUUUAAAUAUAUUGGUUGGAAUCGUUGUCAGUGUAGUAUCAUUCCUGGGAUGCUGCAGUGUAUGGAAAAGACAUCUGUAUCGUGUCACCACUUAUAAUUUGGCGUUUUCAAUCGUCUCGGGGUGUUUGUUCGCGCUGGUAAUUUCCGGAGUCAUCGCGGCAUAUAUACAACGGAAUAACAUUCAGACGUACCUUACGGCAUGUGUGGCCGAUUCCAUGAACAGCACCGAUCCCCAAGUUGCCAAUUUAUGGGCCCACACGCAAGAAACGUUACAUUGCUGCGGAGCCAGGGGUUAUAGAGACUGGAUUUACCUCAACAACGAAAUCCCACGUUCCUGUUGCAACCUGGGGAAAACAGUUUCUAUUUUAAUUAAUGGCACUUGUAAUUUAAACUGGAAGAGCCCAGAAUAUGUAGGCUGUUAUCCACUGCCGGCCGAUAAGAAUUGCCCAAUUUAUGUGGGGGGAUGCGCCAAUAGAAUUCGAUUUGAAGCCGAAGAACACAUGAGAGUGGUAGCCGCCGUGGGAUUAACUGUUGCUUCUAUUCAGAUUGCAUGUAUGACGUUAUCAUACAUUUGGGCUAAACGAGAGCGAAGCGAAUAUCAGGAGUUAGACACUGCGGGAAAGAAUGCACACAUUUUCCACAUCGUUCCGAUUUCAGGGCAUUCGAAAAGUUUUUCUGUCAAAAUUAACCAUGGCACAGAUAAGUAUUGAUAGGAACACCGACUGAGUGGCAGUUCUGUUGUUGACCUGCCAAUAGAUUGCUAUUCCAACUGUUU